UCUUGCAUGAGUAGAUCAAGAAACUUUAAGGUGACAGCUGAGACCACAUCCACUCCACCAGCAAAGGCCCCUCACUGCUCCAGCUUUGCCACCAGGAUCCACCAACACCAGUUCAACAUGGUAGAUGAUGCUGUGCUUGUGGUUGACAAUGGCUCUGGCACGUGCAAGGCUGGCUUUGCGGGUCACGAUGUACCCCAUGCCACCUUCCCAUCCAUCGUGGGGCACCCCCGGUACCAGGGCGUCAUGGUGGGCAUGGGCCAGGACUCCUACGUGGGUGAUGAGGCCCAGAGCAAGAGAGGCAUCCUGACCCUCAAGUACCCCAUCGAGCAUGGCAUCAUCACCAACUGGGAUGACAUGGAGAAGAUCUGGCACCACACCUUCUACAAUGAGCUGCGUGUGGCCCCCGAAGAGCACCCCAUCCUGCUGACUGAGGCCCCCCUGAACCCCAAGGCCAAUCGUGAGAAAAUGACCCAGAUCAUGUUCGAGGCCUUCAACACCCCAGCCAUGUACUUGGCCAUCGAUGCUGUGUUGCCCCUGUACGCCUCUGGCUGCACCACUGGCAUCGUGAUGAGCUCUGGUGAUGGGGCCACUCACAUUGUGCCCACUUAUGAAGGGUACGCCCUCACCCAUGCAAUACUGAGUCUGAACAUGGCUGGCCGGGAACUGACGGACUUCCUCAUCAAGAUCCUCACACAGCGUGGCUACAGCUUCAGCACCACAGCCCAGAGGGAAAUCGUGCGUGACAUCAAGGAGAAGCUCUGCUACGUCGCCCUGGACUUGGAGCAGGAGAUGGCCACCACCGCCUCCAGCUCCUCCCUGGAGAAGAGCUACGAGCUGCCCGACGGUCAGGUCAUCACCAUCGGCAGCGAGGGCUUCUGCUGCCCCGAGGCUCUCUUCCAGCCCUCCUUCCUGGGCCUGGAAGCCUGUGGCAUCCACGAGACUACCUUCAACUCCCUCAUGAAGUGUGACAUCGACAUCCACAACAACCUCUGCUCCAACAUAGUGCUGUCUGGUGGGACCACCAUGUACCCUGGCUUCACCAACAGGAUGCAGAAGGAGAUCAAUGCCCUGGCUCCCAGCACGGUGAAGGUCAAGAUCAUUGCCCCCCAUGAGCGCCAGUACUCUGUGUGGAUGGGCGGCUCCAUCCUGGCCUCGCUGCCCAUCUUCCAGCAGAUGUGGAUCAGCAAGGAUGAGUAUGAUGAGUCUGGUCCCUCCAUCAUCCACCACAAGUGCUUCUAGGUGGACUGAGUUACC